UUUCGAUAUCGCGCUUGCAAAUGUAAAAACUCGAUGUAAUGGGUCAGAUCGGCACAUUCUAAACAUAAAAAGGGAUGGUGCUAUCUGCUGCGUGAUGAUGGACAAAUGACAGUUUGCCUAACAAUUUCAAAGUUGUUGUGUCUCUGUUUGGUACUGGUGCUAUCUUCAACUCAAGGAGGUCCUCUAGCUCGACUCUUGGAAAAUUAUUUUUCCAAUGAUGGUUCAGGAAAUUACGAGUUUUGGUUCAAACAAUCGGACAACAUCUACAGAUGGCAGAAAGGAGAAUUGAGAUAUCUUGCUGAUCAACCAUUCAUACACGUGACGGGUGGUUUCGCGUAUAUGAACGACGAUGACCAAAUAUUGCGGGUUACCAACUUUGUGGCUGACGAAAAUGGUUACCAACCGGAGGAAAGUGAAGGCCCAGGAGGUAUUCCUGGACGACUUGGUGCCGGAGCUGUGGGCUAAUCAUCUUUGCAUCAGUCUUUAAAAAUAGCCUAUGUAAAGUUCUCACAAAAAAAAUACUCAAAAUUAUCUAAGUCAUUACUUAUAGGGUCAAGAUUUUUGAAAAUAUUUCUUUUUUGUUUUAUGUCGUUAUGUCGUGCCAAUGUGAGAUUAAAGUUAAGAAGAUAUAUGAUUUCAAUAGUUUGAUAAAAC